UCUUCUUCCUUCACCCCAACAAAGAAAGAAAAAUAAAAUAAAAGAGAUCCAAUAUGGCUUGCCUUUCAAAAGUAGUUGCAACUAUUCUCCUUAUGUUGAUGCUGGUUUUUUCUACCGCAUGGAUGAUAGUGGAGGCGAAGACUUGCGAGUCGCAGAGCCGCCGGUUCAAGGGGUUAUGCUUCAAUACGUGGAAGUGUCGUUUCGUUUGCAGUACGGAGCGGUUUAGUAGCGGCCAUUGCAAUGGACUCCGUCACCGUUGCAUCUGCACCAAACAGUGUUAA